AUGUCCUCCCACCCUCCCCCCCAAAACCCAUCAUCAACAACAACAUCAACAACAACAUCAACAUCAACAUCCCCCACGCAACGCACCCAAGAAGCCCAAGCCGCCUUCACCGCGACCCUCCGCUCCGUCGGCGCAAACCACGACGCCGCGCUGCGCGAGCGCGCGCGCAACCUGCACGACAACGCGGCCGUGCUCGCGGCGCAGGAGGCCGAGCUGGCGCGCACGACGGCGGAGCUGGCGAGGCAGAACGAGCAGUGGGGGAAGGUGGCGGACCAGGCGCGCGACGGGCUCAAGGAGAUCGGCGACGUGCAGAAUUGGGCGGAGUUGAUUGAGCGGGAUUUGUUGGCGGUGGAGGAGAUGUUGAGGGAGGUGGAGGGGAGGCAGGGGGGUGAUGGAGAUGGAGAUGGAGAUGGGGAUGGGAGUGCGAGGGCAAAUGGGAAGGGGACGGGGACGGGGAAGGGACAGUCACAGGAGAGCGAGGCGAAGGGGUGGUUGAGGUGGUGGUGA